ACUGCAGAAAGAUAAGGAACAAUGUCUGUGUCGGCGAUCUUUGGCACCGGAAUCGUCACCGUCGCUGCUUCUCCGUCUCUCCGCCAAUUUCAGGUUCCGAAAUCGGGGAACGGAGGAGGACUGGGAAUGGUGAUAGAGUGUUCGUCGAGGCCACAGAAGAAAUCGACGGCUCAUCACAGGAAGACGAGGCCGAAGAAGACUCAGCCUUGGGACAUUAAGAGAAAGCCUACCGUUUAUGCUCCUCUUCCUCCUCUCCCUCCGGAUUGGGCUCCGCUAGCACUUUCUUCCGACGACGGUGGUGCCGCCACCGCCGCUUCUCCUGCCGGAGAUUUGGUCUCAGGCGCCGCCUAAAUAUGAGUUAUCUGCUGGUCUGGUUGUAAUCUUAGUUUGCGAACUUUUGUUGGUGUUUAUUUCUGUUAAUGUGUUUCAGUAUUCUGCUUGUCUGUUUCUUCUCAUGGAGUUUGUGUUUGAUUGGUGAAUGAAUGGACCAAAAUGCAAAUUCUUAAAGCUUCAAGCUUUCCUCUGUUU